GCUUACUUACUCUAACAUAGCAAUUGUUUAUUCAUACAAAUCUCUACUAGAGACAAAACAUCCAAGAAACAAGGGCUUCGAUAGAUCUUUUGUCCCCAAUAUGAGGAGAACCGUGCGCUUCGCAAGAGCUUUUGAAUUAGUAGAUCCAGAAAAGUUAAACGAUGCUCAAGCUGAUCAUUACAUAAGCCGUCUAUGAGCAACACCUGAUAAGUGGAAAGCAGAUUCGUGUCUCUAUAUUGAUCCUUUGUUGAUAAAAAGCUACUAUGAGAAAAAGGAUGGACGGAAUAAAGUGUUCAAAUGCUUUCAGAAAGGGAAUUUUUUUGAUAGGAGAUAUGUUAUUUUCCCAAUCUGUCUGUGGAAUCACUGGGUUUUGUUGAUAUUAUGUAACCCAAACCAUGAGCUCAAAGGGGGUAAAGAACGUCCUACAAUGAUACUAUUGGAUUCUUUAAAGGGUUCAAACACAAACAAUGUUGAAGAAUUUGUCCGAGGGAUGUUGGUUUCCUUUUACAAGUAUUCUAAAAAGGAUUGUUCUUUGAAGAAUUUUAAUGACAUUCCAUUCUUGAUUCCAGAGGUACCAAAACAAAUAGACGACAAGAGCUGUGGGUUUUUCAUGAUAUUUUACAUCACUCUGUUCUUGAAAAUGAGUCCACCGCUUUUUAAUCUGGUGGAACACUAUCCUGGUUUUGUAAGUUUUAAAACUUUUAUACUUCCUCUGCUUUAUAUCAUCUUCAUCUGAUUUGUCUAAAAUGUUAUAUGUGUUUUUUCAUUAACAACUAUAUUGUAUUUGAUUUACUCUAAGAUGUCAAAAAAUUGGUUCACAAAUGAACAAUUUAACGAUUUCAGAACAUCACUGUUGGAUAUUUUCAGCAAGAUUAUGUAAGCUUCCUUCAGUUACUUAAAACCUUUACAGAAAUCUUGCUUCGUUUCACUGUGAUAAUUUUUGUAUGUGUUUCCUAAGCCAACUAUGGAUUGCCAAUGACUGCUGCACCAUGUGAAGGAGAUACUGAUUCAGAUUUGAUCAAACUGAUACAUUUCACAAACAAUGACUGCACCUUUGGUUUAACAACUAGUGACCGUGGAGGACAUAAGCAGUUUGAGAUAGCUUCAAAAUCCACUAAACCGAUAACUGGUCCUAAGAAUAAAAAAAGAAAGUUUAAUGAUCAUGAGGUUACUAAAUCUAAUGUUGGGGAAACGAUAACUGAGGAAAUCGUAGACCACAAGAUUUCCAUGAAAUUAAAUCCUUCGCUGUUCUGUGAAAUGAUCCAGGACUUAACCAUUCCACAAAAAGAAUGGGUUAAAAAUUCUGGUUUUGGUAGCAUUUUAAAUUUCAAACUUCAAGACUAUCCAAGGUAUCUUGGAUAUAGUAUAGCGAAACAAUUUGAUCCUGAGAAAUGUUCUAUAGUGGUUGGUGAUAAGACUUUAGAAAUAACAGAGGACGAUGUUCAUCGUGUUCUUGGACUGCCAAUGGGCGAGACCAAAAUAGCUUUUGUUAGUAGCAAAUCUUUGUCAAAGGAAUGGAGAAAGCAAUUUGGUGAUCAGAAAAAAUCUUUCAGGGUAGCCGUGAAAGAUGUCAUCUGUGCAAUGAAGGAAUCUGGAUGUGUAGACAUACAUUUCAAAAAGAACUUUAUUUCCGUUAUGAUUUGUUUUCUAAUCCAAGCACCAACAAACUCUUACAUUCGUCAGAAAUUGCUAGGAUUCUGUUGUGAAUUGGAUAAAUGUUCAAAUUAUAACUGGUGUGAAUUAGUUGUUCGCUGUUUGAAGAAGUGCCCAAAAUUUUGGCUGAAGAACACAGAUACGUGAUACUAUACAGGAUCCCUCCCUUUCAUAUUGUAUUUCUUUCUUGACAAAUUCAUUGGAUGGAGGUGUUUUCCAAGCAAAAUACAACCAAGAUUUGUCCCGUGGAACAAUUAUUGUUUGCAGAGUCUCGAACAAUAUAUGAUCCAGAAAGGUUACAUAACUGAUGGUGUGGUUCAGAAGCCAAACAUAAAUUAUAUAGAACUGCAAAUUUGUAGGAUAAAGGGUACUGAAGUCUUAACUGGACAACCAGAACUUCAGGAUCUUCCUAAGAUGGAAAACACAAAGACAUGCAGUUAUGGAGCAACAACGUUGGGACCGUCAGAAAAUGUAACUGGAUUGGAUUUCGAUUGGAAUACGCUUCCAAAGGAUUCACAUAAUGGAAAGGAAUGGAAGAACUCUAUACUGAACAAUCACCAGACAAAUCUUGGAACUAAUGCAGACGAUACGACGCAUACCCAAAUACCAUUUGGUAUUAAUUUGGAAUCGGGACAAAAGUUUCAGAAUGAUGCGCAGAAAAGGAAAAGUUCUGCUGUUGGCAAAGAGAAGGAGGAAACCUCAAAGCUGGGGGAGGACAAAACAAAACUUUUUCACCAGUACACCUCCGAUGACAAGGGAAAGAUGAUUAUGAAUAAACAUUCCCUCCUUGAAUCUCUUUUUGAUUCAUACCAUUGCAUUCAACAAACUUUGAUGUCUCAUAUCAUGUCUGCAAAGGCUGAAGACGAAAAAGAUGAGGUGGUUGAUGAUUUAAGAUAUGCUUUCAUUGAACUGAAUAACGAUGCUAAUGACAUAAUGUUGAAGUGAUCCUGGUUUCAAAAUUGAUGCACUGAUGUAAGAAUGAAAAAAGUCUAGAAGGACAUCGGUUCCUUCUAAUCAAGUUGAAUUGUUUUCUAGUACUCUCAAAACAAUCCACGUCUUACUGUUUGCAGUAAAUGGUUGUAAGCAUCUAUAUUCGGAUGAUAAAUGGUUUUUUAUUCAUGUUAAUGAAUUUUUAACCCUGGCCAA